UUGCUUGUGGUAGCCAGCAGCGGGAAGUACACUGUAAUGAUGAUGCCACUCGGAUAUCACAUAGUGGUGUUGGCUGCCACGGUGAUGAGCGCUGCGCAUGUAAUUAGUCAGGAGAUGGGUGGACCCGUAGAGCCAGUGGGCGUGGAUGUGGGCGUGAUGGUGGGUCAGGUAGUAGAGCACCAUUUCACCGGCUGUCACCUGGUGCUCUUCACCACGACACAACACUCUCACGUGUUCUCCAGUAUAAUCAGACUCAUGAGUGUAAGUGUGGAGGCUAUUGUGGUAGCGGAGGCAGGUUGGGUGUCUCAGGACCAGCUGACCCAAGACCACCUACUCAAAGGGCUCUGGGGAGACACAAGAACCGCCUGCCGGGCACUCAUACUUGACGUCACCACCAGCAACAAUAACACUCACCUUACCUUCAGGUUGGCAGAGGCGGCAGGAUUGUGGAAGAUGCCUGAAACGCGGGUAGUGGUGGUGGGUGGAACAGAAGAAGUGGAAGGAAUCCUUCUCCACAAUAAUUUCCGCAACAUCGUCCACGCUCUCUACCUGGCAGUCCACUUCCCCCUCCAAACCCCACCACUGUACAGGAACACACGCCUCAGGAAGAUUUUCCAACAAGAAGCAUCAGUAAGUGAGCGUGUGUGGGUGUACCGGCGCUGUCUGUACUGCAAUAACGGGGAGGCGGACGUUCAACUUAUCUGCAAGUGCAACAUUACCUCCUUUCCUCAAUAUGUUGAUUACCUCUUCUAUCACGAACCGUUUCAUAACUUCAUGGGACACAAGAUGCUGUUCUCAACAGUACCAUACUUCCCCUACAUGGACUAUACUCGAGACAGUGAAGAACCGGGCACUAAGGUCACAGUCAAAGACUCUCUUGACGCCAGACUACUCUCUACCAUCGCCACAAAACUUAAUAUAAGUUUUGAGAUUCGUGAGCAGCCUGAACGUUCCCGGGGCCUUCAAAAAGACGGCAGGUUUAGCGGGAUGGUGGGUCAACUCCAGCGAGAAGAAAUAGACGUAUCUGGACCUAUGGCUACAUUAGCAGAGCGCAUCAGAGUUAUGGAGUUCCUCUCUGCGUAUCAGGUUGACGUGAUGAGCAUAGUUUCUCUGAAGCCCACUCCCCUUCCUCAACACCUCUCACUGAUAAGACCCUUUGCAGGAGAACUGUGGCUGGCGUUGUUGAUGAGUGUGGUGGCGUGGGGUGCGACUCUGUGGAUACUCCAAAGAGCCUGGUGGUUUGUGGCGAGAGAUAGAGGUGUUCAAUUCAACACCGCCCUCUUGUACGGCUGGGGCGCCCUCCUGGAGCAACCACCACCCGACCCCUCCAUCAACAUCUCGGGCCAAGUGUUGGUGGGAUGGUGGCUGGUGUUCUGUCUAGUCAUCACUACAGGGUUUCGUUCAUCCUUAAUCGCACACCUGACAGUCCAGGGGAAGUCCCAUCCUCCAGAAGACUUCGAGGAUUUGCUGGCUCGGAACAAUUGGAAGUGGGGUAUUGAACCUUGGCUGCUAAGUGGAGGGGUUUUGUUAUAUUUUUCACGGCACACUGACCCUGUGGUAAAGCAAAUAUAUAGAGAAACAGAGACUGUAUCAUUGGCGGAGGCACUUCAGAAAGUGAAGGGAGGUGGCUACUCGUUUCUCGCUGUCAAUUUCAAAAUAGAAGUCGAGCUCGCCUCGUACCACGCAGACAAUUACGGCCAGUCUCCUUUCUACAUAAGCAAAAAGGGUCUCGUCCUACUCGCUGCUUUUGGAUGGGGAUUCAGAAAAGGCGCUCCGUUCUAUCAGCGCUUUAGACAGCUCGUGUUACAGCUAGAAGAUUGUGGUAUUAUACCUUACUGGACAGAAGAGUUACAAGCUCAGCGAGUGAAGGAAAACAGAGCAGCUGCAGCAAUGGUAACUCGGGCCUCUGUUGAAAAUACUCUGCCGGACGACAACGCGGAAGUAAUCCUGGGGCUGAAUCAUCUUCAAGGUGUAUUCUACCUACUUUUCCUAGGGUCCUUCCUCUCCAUACUCACCCUGUUGGCGGAGAAUAUUAACCAUAUUCACUCCUCGCCUCAGGCCAACAAUAAUUGUUCUGGGAAACAGGAAAAGUAACUGAGUGCAACGGGUGAAGAAAAAAAUUGCCGAUGAAUUAACAGCAUAGUUAUUUAGUUACUUGAAAGUCCUUUUUACAGUAUAUGUACUUGUGUGACAGAAUAUUAAAUAUAUCCAAAAUCAUUAUGACACAAAUAGUUUUAAAAAUAUUGGAUCAAUAUUAGAGCAUCGCCCAUGAAUAAUUUAUAUUGUGUUCGUUAGAUAACUAUCGCCAAAAUAUUAAUUGUAUUAUUUUUAGGUUUAAACAAUAUUAUCAAUAACUUUGAGUGUUUUCUUGGUCUUGUAUUCGCAUUGCUCCUAAUAGGUCGUGUGGCCUAAGUGGCUAACUUUCUCUCUUUCACUCUUUCGUGCCGUCACAACAAGGUACCAGAUACAGACACAUUUCCAUGUUUUACCAUAUUCUGCAUCAGGUACAGGUAGGCUGCUUUGUUUUGCUAAAAGGGAAAUAUUGCCUUUACCAACGCCCUUAGAAUUGUAUAAAUACAAGUUAACAUAUUGUGUUUGACACAGAAUAUAAUAAAUACUAUAAUCCAA